AAAGGGCCAUGAGCAUCUACAUCAGCAUCCGUUGAGCCGUAUAUUCCUCCUCUUCCCACGCAAUUUCUCCUUCAUUAACCGUCAAAAUCCGCCUCUUUCCUUCUUUUUCUUUCCCACACAAGAAAAAAUCUGAUUUAAAAAAAUUAAAAAUAAAUCCUUUUUCAAUUCUCCGAUUUUUACGCUCACGCUCCUUAUAUUCUUAUUUACACAACCCAUCCGAUAUAAGAGAGAGGAGAGAGGAGAGAGAGGAAGUCGGUUGAUUCGUCGUCGGUACGAUCGGCGACGGCCAUGGACGACCGAGGCAGCGCAACUGCCGGUGCCGGCGGCGGCGCUGGCACGGUUCAGAUCCAGCAGAGCAGGAGGCUGCCGGAUUUCCUCCAGAGCGUGAAUCUCAAGUACGUGAAAUUGGGGUACCAUUACCUAAUCUCCAAUCUCUUGACCCUCUGCUUCGUCCCUCUCAUCAUCGUAACCCUAAUCGAGGCCUCACAGAUGGAUCUUGGAGAUCUGCGGCAGCUAUGGCUUCAUCUCCAGUACAACCUCGUAAGUGUUAUCAUUUGCUCUUCUUUCCUGGUCGUCGGUCUCACCGUCUACAUCAUGACCAGGCCCAGACCCGUUUACCUCGUCGAUUACUCCUGUUAUCGAGCCCCCGACAACCUCAAGGCUCCCUUCGAUCGGUUCAUGACGCACUCGGAGCUCACCGGCGACUUCGACGACUCGUCGCUCGAGUUUCAGCGUAAGAUUCUGGAGCGCUCGGGUCUUGGAGAGGAAACGUACGUCCCCGAGGCGAUGCACUUCAUUCCUCCCCGGCCGUCCAUGGCGGCGGCCAGAGAGGAGGCCGAGCAGGUGAUGUUUGGGGCUUUAGAUAAUCUUUUUGCUAAUACGAAUGUUAAGCCUAAGGAUAUUGGCAUUCUCGUUGUGAAUUGUAGCUUGUUUAACCCUACACCGUCGCUUUCCGCCAUGAUUGUUAAUAAGUACAAAUUGAGGGGUAAUAUUAGGAGUUUCAAUUUGGGAGGGAUGGGCUGUAGUGCUGGGGUUAUAGCUGUUGAUUUAGCAAAAGACUUAUUGCAAGUUCAUAGGAACACUUAUGCUGUUGUUGUGAGCACUGAGAACAUCACUCAAAAUUGGUACUUUGGGAAUAAGAAGUCCAUGUUGAUUCCUAAUUGUUUGUUUCGCGUUGGGGGGGCGGCGGUUUUGCUAUCGAAUAAGUCCAUGGAUAGGAGGAGAGCUAAGUACAGGCUUGUACAUGUUGUGAGGACUCAUAAGGGAGCAGAUGAUAAGGCUUUCCGUUGUGUUUACCAAGAACAGGACGAUGCGGGGAAGACGGGGGUUUCUUUGUCCAAAGAUUUGAUGGCAAUAGCUGGUGGUGCUCUUAAGACUAAUAUCACUACUUUAGGCCCUCUUGUGCUGCCUAUUAGCGAGCAGCUUCUUUUCUUUGCAACUCUUGUCGUUAAGAAGUUUUUCAAUGCGGAUGUGAAGCCUUAUAUUCCGGAUUUCAAACUGGCGUUUGAUCAUUUCUGCAUACACGCUGGUGGAAGGGCUGUGAUUGAUGAGCUUGAGAAGAAUUUGCAGCUUUCGCAGGUGCACGUCGAGGCUUCUCGGAUGACUCUGCACCGGUUUGGGAACACCUCAUCGAGCUCCAUUUGGUAUGAGUUGGCCUACACAGAAGCACAGGGAAGGAUGCGCAGGGGAAAUCGUGUGUGGCAGAUUGCGUUUGGAAGUGGUUUCAAGUGUAAUAGCGCGGUUUGGCAAGCGCUUCGGAAUGUGAAGCCGUCACGUAAUGGUCCCUGGGAAGACUGCAUUGACAAGUAUCCUGUGGAGAAAGUUUCAUAGUUCAAAUUAACAUUUUCGUUUCCAUUCAGGUUAUUGAUCAUCACCUAUCCUGACUGCUGCUUUUAUCUUGUUUACGUUUUAGACUUCAUUUGACACUCUACCGGAUGUUGAAUUGUGUUUUUGGUUGCUUCAUUUCUUGUUACGUUCUGUUUGUACCCGCUCAGUGAGUGCUAUGAUCUCUAGACGUGUUAGUUUCGUUUCUUUGGUUAUGUGGCAGAGUUCUCAUCAUUUUGUUUUUUUGUUUUUUGUGUGUGUGUGUGUGUUUUAAUGUUGUGUCAGUGAUCAUAGUAAUGAAUUUUGUUAUUUGUUAAAACUUGUAUCAGAAGUCUAUUGUACAAUUAGAUAUUUUUAAUGGGAUGAUCAUUACUUGAUAAAUGA